CUUCACCUUGCCUGUUCCUUGAUCUUCGCAAGCGAUAUUCCCUCACUCCCCACCCUCUUCUAGUCUCACAUUCCUCUUCCCGUGAACACUUUCACACUCCAAGGGAACUAGAACAGCAUACAGUCAUGGACAAAUCUGAGUACCAGGAACCCAUCCAGGCUGUCAUCCUACCCGACCAGUCUUUUCAGCAGAACGAAGUCGAGGCUAAGGAGCCAAAGUCCAGAAUCUCUGCCAUUUUCACUGUCAUCUUCUCAGGCUUCGCCCUCUUGUCCGAUGGAUACCAAGUCGGUGUUCUCUCCCUUGUCAACGUCUGCUUCACCAAGAUCUAUGGCGAUCAAUUCACCUCCGCCAUGUCGACCCGUAUCGGAAACUCGCUCUUCAUCGGCUGCAUUAUUGGACAGAUUGGAUUUGGUUUUGUUUGUGAUCGCGUGGGUCGCAAGGUCGGAUUGCUGCUCACGACUUUCCUCGUCAUCCUGGGAGCGGCCCUCUGUGCUGGCGCCUAUGGCGCUCACGGCUCUGUUGAAGGCCUUUUCUGGGCCUUAACAGUCUACCGUGGCAUCCUCGGUGUUGGAGUUGGAGGCGAAUACCCUUGCUCGUCUGCCUCGGCCUCUGAAGCUGCUGACGAGGUCAUGCCCGGCAGACGUGGUAUGCUUUUCGUCUUUGUCACCAACUUUGUCAUCGACUCUGGAUUCGUUCUCUCAGCCCUGUUCCCCUUGAUCCUCGGCGCUGCCGGCUGCAGCUACGAAGUCAUCUGGAGAACCUCAUUCGCCUUUGGCGUCCUGCCCCCUCUCUCAGUUAUGUACUUCCGUCUUAAGAUGGACAACUCGGAGAUCUUCCAGAAGAACUCGAUGAAGAAGAAUGUUCCAUACCUGUUGAUCCUCCGUCGUUACUGGAAGUAUCUCCUUGGAACCGGUGGCUCUUGGUUCUUUUAUAACUUCAUUUCCUAUCCUUUCGGUAUCUUUGCUGGAACCAUCCUCGACAACGCCAUCGGAGCCGAUGCCACCUUUGUCCAGACUGCCGAGUGGAUGCUGCUUCUUAACUUUUUCUACCUUCCCGGAUCCAUCUCUGGUGCCUUGGCCUCGGACAGGAUCGGUCGUAAGAAGACCAUGACCCUUGGGUUCUUGACCCAGGGUGUUCUCGGAAUCUUCAUGGGCAUCUGGUACAAGAACCUGCUCGAAAUCUUCCCCUUGUUCGUCGUCCUUUACGGUGUCUUCAUGAUGAUGGGUGAGUUCGGUCCUGGUGACAUGCUCGGACUCGUCUCCGCAGAGAUCUACCCCACCGCCAUCCGUGGCACUGCCUACGGCUGGUCCGCUGCCUUUGGAAAGCUCGGUGCCUUCGUCGGCACCAGCGCCUUCAAGCCCGCCAUCGCCAGCUUUGGUCAUGGUGAUCAGACCCUUGGCCAGGGCCGCGUCUUCAUCCUGGCCUCGUGCCUUGCCAUCCUCGGUUCCAUCUUCACCUGGAUCCUAAUCCCUGACUAUUCCAAGAAGGCCUUGGGGGAGGAGGACGAGGAUUUCAGACAGUACUUGGCCUCUAACGGUUUCGACCUCUCCAACUUUGGCGAGAAGCCCGCAGAGAUGGAGCCUGCCUCCGUUGAGGCUGUCUACCCCGGCGAGAAGUCCGAUGUUAAGGCUUAAGAAGAUAGUGCACCUUCUUCCUACCAUGUAUUAUAUUAUAUCUCUUAACGUUCCAUACGUUAUUACAUACAUUAAAAAACACCCCCUAAUAAUCUCAA